AUGACUGCUCCGACCGUGCCGGUGGCGUUGGUAACAGGCGCCGCGAAGCGUCUUGGCAGCGGCAUCGCUGAGGCACUCCACGCGGAGGGGUACGCUGUCUGCUUGCACUAUCAUCGAUCUGCUGCAGACGCGAACACGCUAGCCGCGACGCUCAACGCAAGGCGACCGAACAGCGCCAUUACGGUGCAGGCGGACCUGAGCAACAUCGCCAAAGCCUCGGUCGGCGGCACUGAUGGCUCCGCACCUGUUACCCUGUUCAAGCGCUGUGGUGACUUGGUGGAUGCGUGCUACACCCACUGGGGACGCUGCGACGUCCUCGUGAACAACGCCUCUUCCUUCUACCCCACGCCGCUGCUGAGGAAAGACGAGGAUGGACACGAGUCCGGUGUCGGAGAUAGGGAGGCGACGGAGGCGGCCACCGCUGACCUCUUCGGCUCCAACGCGAUUGCGCCUUACUUCCUGAUUAAGGCGUUUGCACAGCGCGUUGCGGACAUCCCAGCCGAGCAGCGCGGCACCAACUACUCCAUCGUCAACAUGGUCGACGCCAUGACGAACCAGCCUCUUCUCGGGUACACCAUAUAUACCAUGACCAAAGGCGCGUUGGAGGGGCUUACACGGUCUGCCGCGCUGGAGCUUGCACCGCUGCAGGUUCGAGUGAACGGCGUCGGUCCGGGUGUGUCGGUGCUCGCCGAUGACAUGCCCCCUGCUGAGCGGGAGGACUACUGCAGCAAGGUGCCGCUGUACCAGCGGGAUUCCUCCGCCGCAGAGGUGAGCGACGUUGUUAUCUUUCUGUGCUCCUCCAAGGCCAAGUACAUCACCGGGGCCUGUGUCAAAGUUGAUGGUGGGUACAGCCUGACCCGCGCCUGA